GUAGUGGUAAGAUUCCCACCGGAAGCAAGUGGCUACCUGCACAUUGGUCAUGCCAAAGCAGCUCUCUUAAAUCAGUAUUACGCCGAGGCUUUUCAAGGACAGCUCAUCAUGCGAUUUGACGACACAAAUCCAGCGAAGGAGACCGUAGAAUUUGAGGACGCUAUAUUGGAAGAUUUAAGAUUACUGCAAAUUAAGCCUGAUCGUUUUACGCAUACCUCGGAUUACUUUGAGAUAUUACAAGACUAUUGUACUACAUUAAUUAAGAAUGGAAAGGCAUACGUGGAUGGCACCCCGGCGAAUCUUAUGAAAGAACAACGCGAUCAGAGAUUGAAAUCUACAUAUCGAGAUAGCUCCGUUGACGAUAAUCUGGCAUUGUGGGAAGAAAUGAAACGCGGUACCGAGGAGGGUCAAAAGUACUGUGUCAGGGCAAAGAUCGAUUAUCAGUCAACAAACGGAUGCAUGCGCGAUCCAACAAUUUACCGUUGCAAGCCAGAAUCUCAUCCACGUACUGGAAACAAAUACAAGGUGUAUCCUACGUAUGAUUUUGCCUGUCCAAUUGUCGACGCUAUUGAAAACGUUACUCACACUUUACGUACCACGGAGUAUCAUGAUAGAGAUGCUCAAUUUUAUUGGAUAAUCGAGAGUUUGGGAUUGCGUCGCCCGUACAUUUGGGAAUAUUCACGGUUAAACAUGACGCAUACGGUUUUAUCUAAACGAAAGUUAACCUGGUUCGUAAAUGAAGGCCUAGUCGAUGGCUGGGACGAUCCACGCUUUCCGACAGUGAGAGGCAUUCUGAGACGAGGAAUGACAGUUGAGGGUCUGAAACAAUUUAUCAUCGCACAAGGUAGUUCCAGAUCGGUGGUCUUCAUGGAGUGGGAUAAAAUAUGGGCUUUUAACAAGAAAGUCAUCGACCCAGUCGCAGUCAGGUAUACCUCAUUGGAUUACAAUGAAAUGAUACCGGUGAAUGUAGUAGAUGCUAAAGAAGAGUGGUUGAGUGUGCAAAAUCAUCCUAAAGAUUCAUCUAAAGGUACCAAACGAGUGCGAGUGGGCCCUAAAAUAUUGAUAGAAAAGGAGGAUGCUGAAAGAUUAAUCGAAGGACAGAAUGCAACCUUUAUCAAUUGGGGUAAUUUAAUGAUACUAAAAAUAAAUAAGCAGGCUGGCAACAUAGUACAUGUGGAAGCACGACUAAAUUUGGAGGACAAAAAUUACAAAAACACCUUGAAGAUUACAUGGCUGGCUGAGUCGUUACCCAGAUCUGAUCCAAAUGCGGAAAAGUCAAAUCCAAUAAAAUGCUAAGCUGUUUACUUUGAUCACAUUUUGAGCGUGCCGAGUUUGGGUAAAGACGACGAUUUUAAAAACUUUGUUACCAAGGAUACAAGAAAAGAGGUUCAAAUGCUGGGUGAAGUGGAACUCAAACGCGUGAAGAAGGGGGAGAUAAUUCAACUGCAGAGGAAGGGAUUUUUUAUUUGUGACGUUCCGUAUGCCACCAUUAGUUCUUAUUCAUCACGGGAACAACCUAUUAUAUUGUUCCAUAUACCCGAUGGACAUACAACAACACCUUAUAUGACGCCUGCAGUGUCACGUAAUCAACAGGAAGAUAAAAUGCAAUGCGUCAGCAAUCAAGAUGAAGUGAUCGUAUACAGAAAUCCUUUAGAAAAAAUAGAAGAAAGUAAGACAAAGUCAGAGAACAAAGAAAUUUCAAAAGCAGACAUGAUAUCCGAAGAAAUAAAGAAGCAAGGCGACAAAGUGCAAAAUCUAAAAAGCAUUAUUGGUCAAAAAGUGAAGGUUCUUGAUCGAGAAGUGAAGGUUCUCUUAAAUUUGAAAAGUGAUUAUAAAAAUGCGACUGGUCAGGAUUGGAAACCAGCUGACACUAAAGUUGCUAGUACUGAAAGUAAGACAAAGCCAGAGAGUAAAGAAAUUUCAAAAGCGAAGAUGAUAUCGGAAGAAAUAAAGAAGCAAGGCGACAAAGUACGAAAUUUAAAAAGCUCGAAAGCCGAUAAGAGCAUUAUUGAUCAAGAAGUGAAGGUUCUCUUAAGCCUGGAAAGUGACUAUAGAAAUACGACUGGUCAGGAUUGGAAGCCCGCGAAUUUGGAGGCAGCGUCGAAAAAGGAAAAGCAAAAUUCUCCCAAGCCCGGAAAGACGUCGGAGAAAGAAGUUGCGAAAAACGCGGAUAGUCAAGAUGCAGAUACAAGCAAAACUGGGACGAGAUUAGGACUGGAGGCGAAGAAGGAAGAGAACUUCUUUGAUUGGUAUUCGCAAGUUAUCACGAAGAGCGGAAUGAUUGAAUAUUAUGACGUGUCAGGAUGCUACAUUCUUCGUCCGUGGAGUUUCUUGAUCUGGGAGAUGAUAAAGGAGUACAUCGAUAAAAAGAUAAAGGCGCUCGGUGUUGAACCAUGCUAUUUUCCGCUGUUCGUUACUCGUGGCGCAUUAGAAAAGGAGAAGGCGCAUAUAACGGACUUUGCGCCGGAAGUCGCGUGGGUAACAAAAUGCGGCGAAGACGAUAUGGCGGAGCCCAUAGCUAUACGGCCUACCUCGGAGACUGUUAUGUACCCGGCUUAUGCCAAAUGGCUGAGGACUGACACCGAGUUACCUCUUAAGCUCAAUCAAUGGAACAACGUUGUGAGAUGGGAAUUUAAAGAUCCCAAACCGUUUCUCCGCACCAGAGAAUUUUUAUGGCAGGAGGGUCAUACCGCGUUUGCUAAGCAGAAGCAAGCGAAAAAGGAAGUGUUUAACAUUUUAGAUAUGUACGCUAAAGUCUAUGAGGAGUUGUUAGCGGUGCCCGUCAUCAAGGGUUAUAAGACUGAAAAGGAGAAGUUCGCGGGUGGCGUUUAUACCACUACUGUCGAAGCGUUCAUUUCAACUAAUGGUCACGCGAUACAGGGAGCGACGAGCCAUCAUCUAGGACAAAACUUUUCGAAAAUGUUUGAUAUCAAAGUAGAAGGUAUCGCGAAAGGAGAAAAAACGUUCGUCUAUCAAAAUUCAUGGGGUUUAACCACACGAACGAUUGGUGUCAUGAUAAUGGUACACGGAGAUGAUCGAGGUUUGGUAUUACCUCCAAAUGUAGCACCAAUACAAGUUGUUGUGAUUCCCUGUGGUAUGGUCGCAAGCAUGUCUGAGUCAAAGAAAGAUGAACUUCUAAAGAAAUGCGCUCGUCUGGAGCGUCAACUGAAAAAGAGUAAAUUUAGAGCGCGGGGUGAUUAUAGAAAUAAUCGAACACCUGGAUGGAAGUUCAAUCACUGGGAGCUGAAAGGCGUACCAAUCAGGAUUGAAUUCGGUCCAAGAGACAUGGAAAGAAAUGAAGUAACACUAGUACGGAGAGAUAACUUUGAGCGAGAAGUUGUCAAAAAAGAUGAGUUAAUUUUAUCGGUAACUUGUAUGCUGAAAAAGGUGCAAGACAGCUUGUUACGGAG